UUGAUGAAAAUGGAAAAGCUGUUAAACAAUACAUUGGAGAAGGUGAAAAUGGUCCAAUUAAUUCAUACCGUCAUAAUCCAUAUUCUUACUUCAAUGAAGAAUUAA